GCUGGGUGUUUGCUAAGUGGGGUGUAGACGUGUGUAGGCUAUAUGAAGGAGGGUUGGAGACCAGUGUGUAGGCUAUAUGAAGGAGGGGUGUAGACUAGUGUGUAAGCUAUAUAUGUUGGAGGGGUGAAGACUAGUGUAGGCUAUAUGUAGGAGGGGUGUAGACUAGUGUGUAAGCUAUAUAUGUUGGAGGGGUGAAGACUAGUGUAGGCUAUAUGUAGGAGGGGUGAAGACUAGUGUAGGCUAUAUGUAGGAGGGGUGAAGACUAGUGUGUAGGCUUUAUGUAGGAGGGGUGUAGACCAAUGUGUAGGCUACAUGUCUACGUGGAGUUGUGGGCUAAAUGUAGGUAGGGUGUAGUAGUACUGUAGUGGCUAUAAGUAGGUGGAGGUGUAGGCUACAGUAUAUGAAGGUAGGGAGCAGAGUGGUGUGUAGGCUAUGGUGAGGUGUAGACUUGGUGUAGGCUAUAGGUGAGGUGUAGGCUAUAGGGGAUAGAGUGUGUAGUAGGCUUCAUGUAGGUUAGGUGUAGGCUAUAUGAAGAUGGGGUGUGAGUGUGUGUAGGCUAUAUAUCAGUGAGGUGUAGGCUAUAUCCAGGUGGGGUGUAAAGUGUGUAGCCUAUAUGUAGGAGGGGUGUUUAGCUACUGUUGGCGCAGCAGGGGGAAUGAACGCCACUUCAUCUUUUCUCCUCUGGCUACUCAGAUCAACGGCAGGAGCAGCGCGUGCUGCACACCUACACCACGUGGGCACCGUAACGCCUGAACGGUGUCUCCCGCCUAAACUAGAGCAGCAUCGUCCAUCAAGCCCAAGACAGGAGGACGCAAUGAGCUCCUCUCUCCCAAAAAGCGAGUCGACCACUUCUCUGCUGAAAUCGUCGGCGACAAACCGCAGGUCUGCGCAUUCUUCCGAUGUAGGCGCUCGCAGUCACCGGAGCCACCGUAAUCAGCACCAUCAUCACCCUAUGGGAGGAACCGGUGGCGGGGUCGGCCUGCCACAGGACUCGGGUUGGGGCGAUGACUACGAAGCGAGCGCACGGAGACCCCUCUGUCAACCGAGAAACGAGAGCUCUCGAGACGGUGGAGAUUCGCGGGCACAGAAGGUGCACACGCACCGACAACAAUCGGUGUCGCUCCUGCUGGAAGACAGUUCCGAUCACAUAGACACGAGGAGGUCGAGUAUGGAUCGGAAUCAGAGGGAGACCGGUAGCAAGUCUUCCAAGUCCAAACAAUCGCAGCAUCAUCAUCAUCAUCACCACCACCACUCCACGCGCGACACCUCCAGAGUGGAGCUGCCCCUCCACGCCACCUCACGCCGGGAGAGGAGGUCAUCGCCUCCGCCGACACCUUCUUAUCACGAGCACUCCGAUGAUGCCGAUUACUUUUUCGAGUCCCAGGAGAGAAUAAACGCGAGCUCAUCUUCCACGAGCUUUAACCGCGAUUCACCACCUGCACCUGCCGCACCGAUUCGGCGGACCGGGCGCAAGAAAAAACAGUCGAGCGCCCUGUCUGAACAUGACUCCACCCUGCACCCCAUCGUGAAAUCCGUUUUUGGGCAGGACCCGAAGAAGAGCUACAAAGCAGUGAGGAGUGAAGAGGGAGGAGGAGGAGGAGGAGGAGGGGGGUCCAAUCUAGAGCCUCUAAUGGCGUUGGCCCAGAACGGAGCCACCAUGCACACCGUUCUGGGGCCCGCCUGCAUCUUCCUGCGCAAGGGCUUCGCUGAGAACCGGCAGGCUGACAGAGAGCUGAGACCAGAGGAGAUGGAUGAGUUACGCGAGGCCUUCAAGGAGUUUGACAAGGACAAAGACGGCUUCAUCGGCUGUAAGGACCUGGGGAACUGCAUGCGCACCAUGGGCUACAUGCCCACCGAGAUGGAGCUCAUCGAACUGAGCCAGCAGAUCAAUAUGAACCUGGGCGGUCACGUGGACUUUGAGGACUUUGUGGAGCUGAUGGGCCCCAAGCUGCUGGCUGAGACGGCCGACAUGAUCGGGGUGAAGGAGCUCAGAGACGCCUUCAGGGAGUUCGACACAAAUGGUGAUGGCCAGAUAAGCACAGCAGAGCUCAGAGAAGCCAUGAAAAAACUGUUAGGUCAACAGGUCGGCCACCGAGACCUGGAGGACAUCCUUCGGGACAUCGACCUGAACGGAGACGGACACGUUGACUUUGAAGAAUUUGUGCGGAUGAUGUCCCGGUGAGUUGGAGCCUCGAUGUAAUACAUGUUUGACACAUGUAUUAUGCGUGUUACACGUAUUACAUAUAUGAAGAAGGCCUCUGGAAGAAGAAACCAGAGGAGAAAACAUAUCAAUAUACCCUGGCCUGGAACCACAACACUGAAGCACAAAAGGUCUGGCUGCGACGGGCAAGAGUAGCACUGCUUCAUGUGACUACCUCUACUAAACUUAUGCAUCUUAAAAGACUUUCGUACGGCAGAAUGCACUUUUAUUGAGGAGGAGAUGGAUUUAUAUUGCUGUUUGUUGUCGUUAAUCUGUGUAGACGGCAAUAUGUUGGUUUGACUUGACUAGCGGAAUAGAAAUUGCCAUUAUGUUGAGACGAUGCAGCUCACUAGCAUAACGUUAUAGCUACACAUGGGGUACGGGAAUAGCCUUCUUUUUUUCAUGUUGUUGGAAAUAUCGUGUUUUGUGCAUUUCGUGUUCAAUUUAAUAAUCUAUAUUUUAGCGACUAUCAACCCUUUGAAAAUAAAGAGCGGGGCUGUUUAAGAUAUUUAAUGUAGCACUGAUGCGCAACGUGUUAUUGUCAUUCCUACUGUGAUAUUCAUGUCAUUUUUGACAGAUCUUCUUUGUGCGUAUGAUUCCUUAAAGCCAUGUAUGUAUGUAUGUGUAUUGCUCUGUUUCGCUGGUUUUGUCACUGCAUGAAAGGUGAAAAGGUAUUUUUAUGUUAACGUUUGUCUCUAUUGAACUGUGAUGGAUGAUGAGUAUAUGUUACAUGAAACCUGAGAUAGGCAAUUAUUUGUGCGAAGGACAUAUUAUGAACAUAUUUUUGAGCAAAAAAAGAGGGUUCUGUUAAGUGUACUAUAUUUUGCUGUAAGUGUAAGCGUCUUAUGGAAAAUAGUGCUAGAAUCGCUCAUACAAAGCUCCGACAUUGCCAUGUUCAUUAAUUUAUUUCUCCUUUGGAUAAUUGUUAAUAGCCAGCUUUGAGAGCAAGUAGCAAGUCUUCAGCUUCCUUUAGGCAUCUGUCCAAAAUAUAUCGUCUUUACUACUCAUGAAAUGUUAGUCUAUUGAAUUCAAUAGAAAAGGUCAGAUGUCAAGGGAACCUUUUACCAAAGGGAGAUGGUCCUCUCUGGUGAAUCUACUUUAAUUUCUUGAAACUAUGCAUGCAAGAGACAACUUCAAAUUGUGACGAUUCGAGACAAUAUGAAAAUAAAGAUUUUUAUUUGAA